AUCUCACCAGCGGUCACACUAGAGGAGGCAAGCAGCCUCACAGCACAUUCUGACCCUCACACACAGGCUUGGAGAGAGAGACCAAAUCAGCACCUCACACACAUUGACAGAAACUGCUUGCUCCAGAGCGAGGCCCUCUUUACUCAACCAGCAUCACUAUCUGUCCUCUCUCUCUGACAUGGAGCUCCACAGCCUCCGACACCACCACAGCCACCGGACCGACAACAAGCUCCAGAUGCUGAACCUCAACCAGCGCCUGGAGACCUACCUGGGCCGAGUGAGGCUGCUGGAGGAGGAGAACAAGCUACUAUGCCAGGAGCUCCAGGCCCUGAGGGUCAGUGGCCAGGGGGGGCGGAUGGGCCUGGAAGACAAGCUGAGCCUGGCCAGGCAGGAGGUGGAGGAAGCCUGGAGGGAGAAGGACCGGGUGGAGCUGGAGCUAGGGAGUAUGGGUGAGGAGCUCCAAGUCCUGGGGCUGCAGAGACGGUGGGAGGCGGACGCCCAUGUGGAGGUGAAGAAGAAGCUGGCAGACAGCAGGAAGGAGAUGGAGGAGGAGAAGAGGGCUCAGAUCUGGUUAAGAGAGAAGGUGAGCCAGCUGGAGAAACAAAUCCAGUUCCAGAUACAAACCCACCAGGAAGAUGUUGCUGGCUUCCAGGCUACACUAAUCCAAGUCAGACCUGCCCUGCCAUCUCCUCCACCCCAAACGGGCACCCAGCUUCCAAGCCUCCAGGACCUGGGUGAGGAGUACUCCCAGAUGGCUGUCAGGGCAUGGCAUGAGGCGGCCAUGGUGUUUCAGGGCCAGGUAGACAGCCUGGACGAGUCUCUAAACCAGGCCAGAACCCGGUUGGCCCAGGUGGGCCAGGAGAAGAAUGAGAGCCAACUGAAACUUCAUGCCCUGGAGAAUGAGCUGUAUUCAGCCCAGGAUAGAAGGCAGUGUCUGGAGAGGAGUGUGGCCAAACAGAGAGACGGACAGAGGCAAGAGAUACAAAACCUGCAGGCCCAUCUGGAGGUGUUGGAGAUGGAGAAGGGGGCACUGGGAAAUCAGAUUGACACUCUUCUGACAGAAAGUAGGGGUCUGGUGCAGCUGAAGAUGUCUCUAGGCAUGGAGGUGGCCACAUACAGAGCUUUACUGGACAAUGAAAGUCUGAUGGGGGAUUUCUCUUCAACAAAUCAGCUAAGGAGUACCUACACAUCUGAUGGAGUCCCCAGCUCUCGAGGGGUUAAGCAAAGCUUCCAGACACAGCUGGCUACCAGUCACAUGAUCAGUCCCUUCUCUACCAUCCAUAGAGCAAGCCCACGAUCCAAUGUAACCACGAUGUCCGCAUCACCAAUCUGGACUCAAAACCAGGUAACCCUGAACGAAACACCUGAGAGUUGUCGAAAGACAGAGGAAGAGCAUGUUGACUUUGACUUAGGGUCCAACCGGCAGGUUAUUUGGUCAACGCCUUACCCCAAAGUACCACAGGAUGGAAUUUCAGUCGACCACUUCAGACCCCAAGAUGUCCAUGAAGAAGUCAACUAUGCUGAGCCUCUCUCACCUCCCACUGAAGAGGCAGGAGCUGAUGUUGUAUCUUGGCUUGGUUCUGACCAUAAGGAACAAUCCAUGUGGGAUUUAGAAAAGGAGGAAGAGGAUCAGAACAUAGUCAGAACCUGGGUUGCUAAAGACAAACCAGUUCUGGAACAUGCCAUGAGUCACCAGGUUGAGAUCAGCUUCAGUAUGCCAACUGUGUUCAGCACUGAUGCUCAAGAGCCAUACAGCCCUUCAGUGAGCUUUGAGAGAGCAGGUUCAGUGACAGGGGCACAUUCUGCUUUCUCGGCGAAUGAUGAUAAUGAUGUACCUUUUGAAAUGUCUUCUGAAAAGGAGGAACCUCUACUAGAUCUGCCUUACGGUCCCAUGAAUGCAUUGGAGGAAAGAGAUCUCGAAACAGCAAGGAAAGACGCUGAAUGGGUGGGGAAAGAAGGCUUGGAGUCUGAAACUAAAUUAGUGCUAGAACCUGCAUUUGAGACCUUCACUAUCAGUCAAGCUUUUGAGUACAACAAGCCAAAAGAGUUCAACCAAGAGGACAAUAUGUCAUAUGCAUCUACUCAAGCCUCCCACGGUUCAGAAGAGGCAUUUCACCAUGUUAAAAGUGUGGAGGAAGAUGUUAUUAAUCUCACAAAAGAGGAUGAUGAAAACUACAUGUCUAACAAAGAUGAGGAGCAAUUGGAAGAUGAAUUGCGCCCCUAUGGGUAUGGUAAGGAUGAUUGUGAAAGAUUGGCUGGGUUCAAUAACGAAAAUUGUGUGACAGAAAGAAUCGAUAAGUUCAACCGAGAGGCGAUUAUCUCAUAUGAAUCUGCUCAAGCUUCUCACUGGUCAGAAGAGGUAGUAUUUCACCAUGUUGAAAGACUGGAGGAAGGUGAUAUAAAUUUCACAAAAGGGGAUGAUGAAAAUGAUAUGUAUAAUAAACGUGAGGAACAAUAUGCAUUGCACCCCAAUGGGGAUGUAAAUGAUGAAUGGGAUAGAGUGGGAGGAUGCAAUGAAGAGAAUGGAAUUAGAGAAAGAAUGGAUGAAGGAAUGGAUCAAGAAGGAAAGGAUCAUAUGAAAGAGGAAGAGAUGUGGAAUAACAGAGAAACCCAACCAAAUCAGUCUGAUCAAGAGCAUAUACCUUUAGGCAGAGAGAAUAUAUCCGACAAUGACAAAGAGGAUCAUGAUGAGGCAAACUACUGUCAAAAUACUUCUGUUUCAUGGAGGGCUGAGCUAGAUGGUGACAGCUACGCUCAGGACAACACACUGGCCGACACACACCCCCUGAUCCGUUACAAGAGUGACGAGACGGAUGCCAACACUCAGGCUUCACACAUGGGCGAGAGUGACUCCAGUGAUGGUGAACAGGACAGGGAGGUUUGCCAGACAGGAUCAGGCACCUGGGGCGAAGGCAAGUCCAAACAGUUUGACACCAUGGAGGAUCUGUAUGAAGAGUCAGAAGGGGAUGUCAUAGAUCAGGAACGUAACAUGGGCUCCACUCACCAAGAGGACGUGGAUGCUUGCCAAACAAAGGAGCAUGCUACACAGGAGAACGAUGAGGAGAAUGCAGUAGAUCAGUUGAUUCAGGAGGCAGAAGAGGAGCAAUCCUAUGAGGAACUUACAGAACCUGGAGAGUACUCCAUGAUGUGCUCCGAUGAGGACUAUAAUGAAGAAAGAAUUGAUAGAUUGGUGGAGCAAGAGUUAGAGAAUUUAUCUAUAUCCAGUUACAGUGAACACUUUAAUGGGCAGAUGAUUGAGAGCGAGUCAGUACUGAGUCUUCAAAUUGCGUCUCACACUGAACUUUCCCAGACACAAGACAUAUUAUACAGUGAGGAGGUAGAGCAGAUACACUCAGAGAGACUGAAUCAAUCUGAGCAAGACCAUAUGACCUCAGGCGGCGAGGAACUGAAUCAAUCUGAGCAAGACCAUAUGACCUCAGGCGGCGAGGAACUGAAUCAAUCUGAGCAAGACCAUAUGACCUCAGGCGGAGAGAAACUGAAUCAAUCUGAGCAAGAGCAUAUACCCUCAGACAGAGAGAAACUGAAUCUCACCGAGCAAGAUAAUAUACCUUUAGGCGGAGAGAAACUAAAUCAAUCCGAGCCAGGGUAUAUAACUUCAGGCGGAGAGAAUUUGAAUAAAUCUGAGCAAGAGCAUAUACCUUCAAACGGAGAAAAACUGAAUCAAUCCCAGCAAGAGCAUAUACCUUUAGGCGGAGAGAAAAUUAAUCAAUCCGUUCCAGAGUAUAUACCCCAAGGCAAAGAGAACAUGAAUCAAUCCGAGCAAGAGAAUAUAACUUCAGGCGGAGAGAAACUGAAUCUAUAUGCGCAAGAAAAUAUACCCUCAGACGGUGAGAAAAUUAAUCAAUACGAGCAAAAGAAUAUACCUUCAGACAGAGAGAAACUGAAUCAAUCUGAGCCAGAGUAUAUACCCUCAGGUGGAGAGAAACUGAAUCAAUCUGAGCCAGAGUAUAUACCCUCAGGUAGAGAGGAACUGAAUCAAUCUGAGCCAGAGUAUAUACCCUCAGGUGGAGAGGAACUGAAUCAAUCUGAGCCAGAGUAUAUACCCUCAGGUAGAGAGGAACUGAAUCAAUCUGAGCCAGAGUAUAUACCCUCAGGUGGAGAGGAACUGAAUCAAUCUGAGCCAGAGUAUAUACCCUCAGGUAGAGAGGAACUGAAUCAAUCUGAGCCAGAGUAUAUACCCUCAGGUGGAGAGGAACUGAAUCAAUCUGAGCCAGAGUAUAUACCCUCAGGUGGAGAGGAACUGAAUCAACCUGAGCCAGAGUAUAUACCCUCAGGUGGAGAGGAACUGAAUCAAUCUGAGCCAGAGUAUAUACCCUCCGAGGUUCUGUAUUCAAUGACCUCUAGGAUUCGAAUGACACCUGAACACACGUCUCUUAGAGAAAGUUCAGAAAUAUCCAAAGCAGACUAUUUGGCUCAAGGUAAUGUCUUCAGUGAGGAACUGGGAACUGAAGCUGUACCAGACAAAAUAGAAGGACAGGAUGACCAGAACCUUUCUAUGCUGACUCAUGAAGACUUUACUGAAAGCCAUUCUAUCCACAGCAGUUUAAACAGCAGGCCUGAGAGUCAAACCAACAUGAACAACUCGGAUAUAGAAGAGUCCAACAGCACAGAUGAUGAGUCUCCAAAUGCAAGCCAGUAUUUGCAACGUACCAACGGAGCAAAUCUAACUGCAGAUCAGGUAGACUUGUUAGAUGUGGAGGUCUCUCACUAUGAGGAUUGCAAUGCUCUUAUAGAACAUUCUGCAGAGGAGGUCACUAGCUAUCUGGAAAGUCAUGAAUGUCUUCAGACAGACAAAUGGGAAGUCUUAGAAAGUCCAAACAAACACCUGGAAUCUGGAGAUCCUUUUGCAGGUCACAAGAGAGACUCUGAGAGAUCAUCCAAAACUGACAGCGAAGGCCGGGACCUCCACAGCUUCCUCAGCUCUGGUGUACACAGCAACUUCUGGGGUUCCAAUCUGGAAACAGGAGCCUCCUAUCAACCGGACGAGCCAUAUGACCAUGUGACCAAGCUACACAAUCAGAACCUAGCCUUGGCUGAUAACCUAUCCUGGGUGGAUUUGGAAUCCACAGGCGGCCAAUUGGAACAUAAAGAUGGACAGUGACACACCUUAAGCUUCCACCCUUGAAGAAGAGGACAACCAGAUGCCCUCACAGGUGAAGCAGCUGGUGUGUAGAGAUGUAGUAGAGGGUGUGAAUGUGACUUCUGAAGGUUCUGAAGAUGAGGGAGACUCCAGGUCAUCUGGGGAAGAAUAGGAACAAUUUCAGCAUGGUUUCUAUAAGGAGUAAAGUAGAAGUAACAAGUGUUAUUGAGAGUGUAAUACUAUUUACACUUUACAGGCUUUGAAUAUGAGCAUUGAUUCACAUUGAUCCUUACAGUGAAAAGUAAAUGAAAGGAUAAUAUGUCACAGAAUGUCAUGACAAUUCAGUGUUCUCUGGAAUCCUUGGGAUGUUCCUACCCUAAACCCCAACCUUAACCCCUACCCUACCCUUACCUUAACCCUAGAAUAUAACCAUAACCCUUACCUACACCAUUUCAAAUGUCAACUUCAAUGGGGUAGGGACGUCCCAAGGAUGCGAGAUAGCAUGGACCGUCAAAUAUUUAUGCUGUUUUCAAAAGCCAAAGUUGUGCCUUGGUGCACACCCUGCUGACACUAACCACCAGUGUACCUACUCCAUUUCAAGACAUUGAGGGCCAAUUGUGUAAGUUUUACAAAUGUAUGUUUGAAUAGCCAUUUUUGUAUUCAAUGACCUCUAGGAUUCUUUGGAAAAAGUAACUUAGUUAAAAACCAAAUAAAGGACAUUUGAAAGUCAAAGCA